AUGUUUCAGGGAAUUUGGUUGCUUCUCCUAAUUUUUGUCACCAAAGUAAGAUCAAGCCUCAUUGAGUUUGAAUUGUACGCAAAUUCAUCCAGUGAUACUAUUGAUGGGCUCGGGUUAACAGUAAUGCCAGCCGAUGAUGAUCAGGCCCUGGUGUAUCUUAGCACAGAUUUGUCAAAUGCGACAACUUUCUCGUAUAACAGUAGCAAUAAGGUCAUUUCAUUUGAGAUCGAUCAAGUGUUUUACCUUUCCAUAGUGAGUGGCCGCUUGGUCGGCGUUGCUUCACAGGCGCUGAACUUCAGCUUGAACUCUACUGACAGUAGCCUAUGGACAAAAGGCGCAAAUACGGGAGGCUCAGGUUUAAAAGAAUUCUAUACACAUUUGGAAAUUAUUGAAUCAGAGUUAAACGUGAACAAUGUUACUUACUUCCCAGUCAGUGUGGGAUCAUCUACCGCAGCAACUUCCAUAGCUCUAGAAUUGUUGUACAAAGAAGAUGAUAUUACAUUGAAUACUAACUCUUUGGUAUCUGAAAGCAGUACUAAAAGCUCUUCUUCAGCUAAAUCAAAAUCCUCAUCCAAAAAUGACGGUGGUCGUGUUGAGACAGCACAUGGAUUAUUACCGAUUAUGGUAGCAUUCUUCGCAUGGUUGAUUUAA